AUGAUAAAGCGUACUGGUAAAGUUCUUGUAGAAAUUUCAAAAACACUAUUUGGAGACAUCGCAAAAGGUCGUACUAAUUGGUACGAAACAAUAACUUUUCUUCUUAUACCGCGAGGACAUGAACCAGGUCCUAUAAAACAACUCGUUGCGAUAUGCUCCCGAAGAAGAAUUAAAUGUUAG